UAACAUUGCUUUUAAUGGACAUUGCUACCAUGUCGUUGUGUAAUGCAAGCUCUCUGGAAGGAUGUGACCUGCUGGAGCCAAUGGAGGCUGAGCUGCAGGACGUCGAGAAGUCUCUCAUGCCUGCCAUGCUCAGGGUGGCACUGGCCGCCAUUAUGAUCUUCAUGAUCACCAUUGGUUUCCUGGGUAACGCCAUUGUGUGCCUGAUCGUAUAUCAGAAACCAGCGAUGCGAUCGGCUAUCAAUCUUCUUCUGGCCACGCUGGCCUUCUCGGACAUCAUGCUCUCACUGCUGUGUAUGCCUUUCACUGCUGUAACUUUGGCAACCACAGACUGGAGUUUCGGAGCAGGAUUCUGCAGAGCAUCAGUCAUGCUUUACUGGCUCUUUGUCCUGGAGGGCGUGUCCAUCCUGCUCAUCAUCAGCGUGGAUCGCUUUUUGAUCAUCGUGCAGAGGCAGGAUAAGCUGACACCACAUCGGGCCAAAAUUCUGAUCGCAGCAUCGUGGGCGCUGUCCUUCUGUGUGUCCCUCCCAUCUGUGGUGGGCUGGAGGACAGCUGGGAUGGCAGAACGGGCACCCCAGUGCAUCCUGGGAUACAGUGACUCACUGGCUGACAGGGGCUACACUGUGCUGUUAGCAGUGGCUGUUUUCUUUGUGCCAUUUAGCGUUAUGUUAUACUCGUACCUGUGUAUUCUGAACACAGUGCGGAGAAAUGCGCUGCGCAUCCACAACCAUGCCACUGAAGGCAGCGUUGGACUCAACCAUGUCAGCAAGCUGGGUCUUACAGGUCUGCAGCGCCCCCCGCAGGUUAAUGUGGACAUGAGCUUUAAGACCAGGGCCUUCACCACUAUCCUCAUCCUCUUCAUCGGCUUCUCGGUGUGCUGGCUGCCUCACACGGUAGUGAGCCUGCUGGCAGUCUUCAGCCGCCAGUUCUACUUCAGCCCAGCAUUUUAUCCAGUCAGCGUAGGCGCUCUGUGGCUCAGCUACCUGAAAGCCGUCUUCAAUCCUGUAAUCUAUUGCUGGAGGAUCCGCAAGUUUCGAGAAGCCUGUUUAGACUUUAUGCCCAAGACCUGCAGGUUCUUCCCCAAGGUUCCUGGCCGAAGUCGCAGACGCAUAAGACCCAGCAAUAUUUAUGUGUGUAGCAGUGAGACCCAGUCUUCAGUUUAGGAUUUAGACCAAAACG